AUGCUGGACUCGUACUGUCCUACCAACGUCUCAAAGAACCGACUGACGGACGUCCCCUCAGAGGUCUGCCACUUGGUUGCCUUGGAGACACUAAACCUAUAUCACAACUGCAUCAGGACCAUCCCAGACAGCUUUAUCAUCCUUCAGUCGCUCACAUCUUUGAACCUCAGUCGGAACCAGCUGGGCUCUCUGCCGUCAUGCCUCUGUGGAUUACCUCUGAGGGUCCUUAAUGCCAGCAACAACAAGCUGGUGAGCCUGCCAGAGACCAUCGGACAGCUGCACAGCCUCAUGGAACUGGACAUCAGCUGUAAUGAGAUCACGGCUCUCCCUCAUCGCAUCGGCAAACUCAAAGCUCUGCGUGAACUUAACGUACGGCGAAAUCUUCUCUGCGUCCUGCCAGAAGACCUGGCCGACCUUCCACUGGUCAAGUUUGACUUCUCAUGUAACAAGGUGUCCACAAUCCCAGUGUGUUACAGAAAAAUGAGGCAGCUCCAGUCGCUGCAGUUAGAGAACAACCCACUGCAGAGUCCACCUGCACAGAUCUGCAUCAAGGGUAAAGUCCACAUAUUCAAGUAUCUGAGCAUCGAGGCGUGUCGCAGUGAGAAGAUGCCCGACUCUCUGUACCUCCCUGUCAUGGAGCGACUCAGUUUCACACGUCCCUCCACUGGCAGUGUGGAGGACAUGGAGCAGCAGAAGAAGCAGGACAGCGACUCAGGAGUCGGCAGCGACAACGGAGACAAGCGUCUGUCUGCGACCGAGCCUUCAGAUGAAGACAGUCUGAGUCUCAAUGUUCCGAUGAGCAACAUUACAGAGGAAGAGGGAAUCAGCAAAGAUGACUCCAGCGAACACAUCAGCUCUCUGACAGCCGACCCAAACUCCGACUCGGUGCGCCUGAUAGAGGGGAGUCCUACAGAAGCCCUGAAUGACCCGUUGAGUUACAGAGACUCGACUCUCAGCACUCGCUUCAUCAACUACAUCAAGGGUCGAACGGCAGCAGAGUUCGAAGAGCCCCUCAGGAUAGAGGAAGACUCCCACUGGCAGACAGAACAAACGUCAAAGGUCUCUGGGGGCACACAGCUACACAUUAACAUGAUUAACCAGCUGCAGGAGGCUGUGGAGCUGCUGCAGAACCCCAGCAGACUGAGCACAGAGCAGGAUGACCUGUCUGAAGUCCAGCUGUACCCUGUGGAGAUGGUCACAGUGGAAGAGUCGUUCAACGGACAGGACAGUGAUGAGGGCAGCACAACACCAAAGCAGCACAUGGAGGAGGGAGGCUAUGAGUUCCAGAAGAAGAGGCAGAUGAUUCUAGAGAAGGCCAGGUUUGAGGCUCAGCUUGCAUGCCGGGAGUAUGGAUGGCAUAUGUCCCUGAAGCGAGAAGACAGAUCUCCAGCCAUGGGACCUCUAUCUCUCUCCAGUCCGCCGUUUGGGCUGAAACCUCGAUCAGCCCCGCCCUCACUGCCGUGCUCACCUCCUCCUUCCUGUCUAGACUCCUCCCUUCUCUCACAGGCUUUACCCCUACAUCGUAGACAUGGCGACGGAGGCAUGCACAGCCAGGUGUUCCUGCGGAGCCAUAAGAGUAUGGAGUCUGUGGAUCCCCAGUUCACCAUGAGGCGGAAGAUGGAGCAGCUGCGGGAGGAGCUGGAGCUCAUGGAGCAGCUGAGAGAUAUAAUAGAGAGCAGGCUGAAAGUCGUCCUCCCCGAAGACCUGGGCACGUCUCUGAUGGACGGCGUCGUGCUCUGCCACCUGGCCAAUCACAUCCGCCCGCGCUCCGUCGGCAGCAUCCACGUCCCCUCACCGGCAGUGCCCAAACUCAGCAUGGCGAAAUGUCGAAGAAAUGUGGAGAACUUCCUGGAUGCCUGCAAGAAAAUAGGUGUACCACAGGACAAACUGUGUCUUCCUCACCACAUCCUGGAGGAAAAAGGCCUGGUGAAGGUGUGUGUCACGGUGCAGGCUCUGGUGGACGAGGCCUCCUCCAAACCCCCUCUUCUGGUGUGAGCGACGGAGCCCCGAACUGAACGCCGCAUGCUUACGCUGCCUCACGUGACCCUACAGCUCACCUCUGCAUCAUCUGCAGCGACGCAGGACUUUGAUGUCCUAUCAGGGUGCAGAAAGGGAACUAAUUCCAUUAGAAGCGGAUUUAUCUACUAACUCAGAAAGAGGAACCUGGAAUCAAGCAGUGAAGCAGGUAGAAGACGAACAGUUUGAUUUGCAGCAGGUUAUUUUCUUUACUCCAAUUUGGGAUCUUUUUUACUGUGAUCAUCUAAAGGGCAGAAAUACAGCACAGCAUUUUUUAUGUUUUGAACUAGAUCAAGAAAAUCUUUACAUAGGCUGGUUCCAUCUUUUGUAAAAUAUUAUGAUGAAGUGAUAAAAAAUAGAAGGAAUUCAUUUUGCAAUUCAAAAAUUUAAGAAUAUUGUUAUGAAUGAUGCAAAAAGCCAAAAAAAAUAUUAUUUCUUUUAUGCCAAAUCCAGAAAUUGGGAAUGUUUCAUUCAUACAGCAUCCUAGUUCUCAGGCUAAAUGUUUUUAGAUGAAAUACAUUUUUUUAUUUUUAUUUUUUCUCAGGCAUACCGUAUAAAGCAAAUGGUUGCCUAUGUGUUCCAGGGCAGUUUUGCUUACAAAAAGGAUAUUUUAAGCCGGUAUCCUAAUUGCACGAUUGACUUUAUUAAAUCAAGAUCAAAGAUUUUUCGUUUAAAAUCGAAGCUUUGUUUUAGAAUCUUACAAUUUCUGUCCCCCAAAUCUUUCUAUCUUCUGCCUGCUUGUGGCUCUAAACACCACACUUUGUUCAUAAAAACUCUAAAACCUUUUUGCAUAUUAGUCUAAAUAUUUUACUCGCCUCAGUCGAUCUCGCUGUCUAUGCACACAUUGUUUAAAUCCUUUUUUAACCAUGUACAGAUGAAAUUUGUUGUUUUUCUAAUGAGCUUGUAGCUGAAACAUUUCACUGUUUUGCUCUCAAUUCUCUGAAGAGAAUCAAACCAAAAUACUAAAGUCUUAUGAUAGAGGGAGACAUCUUUUAUCUAGUUCUAUUUAAACCUGAGGAUAUUUAUAAUAUAAAGAGAACCUGAAAAACAGUCUUGCGUUGUUGUAUAGAGUCAGACAUAAAUAGGCCAAAGCUAUUUUUCUGUAAUAUAUUUUGGGUAUAAGUGUGUAUAUUUUCUAAAGUUUGCGACUGUGUUGGAGCUUUCUGCGUGUCCCUAAAGCGGGUGUAUAUCUGUCUUAAACUGUCUCUGUGGGGACAUUAAUCUCAA